CGCUGUGUCACUCUUGGCACAAUGAUCGGUGAUCGUAUAACUAGCAUUGUUUACACGAUAUAGAUAUUGGUAAUGUGGAUGGACGACUUACAUAUUAACCUAUUAAACAUGUAGAAGAUGCAAGUAUUACAGGAUGAACAAGCGAUCUUGUUUGAUGUAGUGGACUUGGCGUUGAUCCUGCAGGCUUCAUGUGAUAUCGGUCAUACGCUGAUGAAAGACGGCAGUUUCCAUACAAGGCGUUGUGGCAGACUUUCUGUGAUUGUUAAGAUAUUAAUUUGUGAUUGGCGGAUUUGCCUACGACGAAGAUGAAGGUGCGUGUCGUAAUGGCCGGAUUUGUGUUCGGGGUUUUGUUCCUGGUCGCCUCGAGUGAACCACCGGCGGAACAACAGUUGCACUAUUUCCUUCUGCAGAAGAACCCGUACAACAAGCUGAUCCGGCCUUCCGGAAGCACGGCAAACGGCACAACCGUCAGCAAACUGACUGUGAAACUGGGUAUGCGGCUCUCACAACUACUUGAUGUGUCAGAAAAGAACCAGAUUUUGACCUCCAACCUUUGGCUGAGACAUGAGUGGGUUGACCACAGAUUGCGCUGGGACCCGUCGUCGUUCGGCGGCAUCAACUCCACCCACAUCCCUUCCGUCGAGCUAUGGAGACCUGACAUCGGCCUGUAUAACAACGCUGACGGCGACUUUGUCGUAACGCUGCUCACAAAGGCGACCGUUUUCCACACGGGUCUCAUAGUUUGGGAGCCCCCGGCUAUAUACAAGACCUAUUGCCCAAUCAACGUGGAGUUUUUCCCGUUUGACCAGCAGGAGUGUUUUAUGAAGUUUGGGGUGUGGACCUAUGAUGGUCAUGAGGUUGAUCUGCAGCAUGUUUGGGAGGAUCGAGGUGUCAUGGUAGGAAACCAGAUCGUCAUUCCACACGGCGUGGACCUGUGCGACUACUACCAGAACGUCGAGUGGGACAUCAUUAACGUCACAGCGAGGCGCAAGGAGAAAUACUACCCAUGUUGUCCGGAACCAUUCCCUGAUAUCACCUUUAAUAUCACUAUUCGAAGGAGGACUUUGUUUUAUACUAUAAAUCUCAUCAUGCCUUGUGUAGCCAUAUCUUGUUUGACGGUGCUAGUCUUCUAUUUGCCAAGUGACUCGGGUGAAAAAAUUACUUUGUCUAUUUCGAUUUUGCUGGCAUUAACUGUGUUCUUUUUGCUUUUGUCUGACAUCAAUCCACCAACUUCAAUUGUCAUUCCAUUGAUAGGGAAGUACCUACUUUUCACAAUGAUUGUUGUGACAAUGUCGAUAUUCUUGACGGUUACUACGCUUAGUGUUCAUUUCCGGUCACCUGCAACGCACAAAAUGUCUCCCUGGAUUAAAAGGUUAUUUACAGAAAUAUUACCAAAGAUUCUGUGCAUGAAACGACCAAUUGUGAAUAAGAAACACUUUGCAAUGAGGACUGUGAAUGGAAUAGAAAUGAGAGAGGUUAAUUUAGAUACUCCACAGAUAUUUCCUAAAUGGGACCGCUCGUCACCCAACUUUUUAAGACAAAGGAUACACACGACAACAAAGGAAAUUCUAGCAAAAUAUCCACCAGAGAUAAGGGAAUCUCUUAAAGGCGUGAAAUACAUUGCUGAGCAUCUGAAGAAAGAGGAUGAUGAAAAGUCUGAAGAGCGAGACUGGAACUACGUUGCCAUGGUGAUGGACCGCUUAUUCCUCUAUAUUUUCACCACAGCAUGCGUGUGUGGGACGAUGGGUAUAUUCCUCAACGCCCCUUCGCUGUACGAUCCUAGGGAAGCUAUGACAAGGGACAAUUUUAACUGUUCCAAGUGACAUUUUGUCAUUUCUACUUGUCUGUUCGAAGACUUAUAGUUCAACUGUUUAAAAUGUUGUAAUGAACCGUUUCAUUCCGCUUGUUCGAAUGUCUUUAUUUGAUAACAACUGCUCGUAUCAAACUAUAAGCAAUUAUGUGUGAAACUAUUACUAUCUAUGUUCUAGAAAAGACAUGUGUUAAAAUGGUCACAGUGCCCCGCUUAUUUCAAUAUAGCAUUCAAUCCUUGAGAAAGUGAUAUAUUAUAUAGUAAAAUG